CGGUGGGCAACACUAAAAAUCUGUCAAUAUUUCAAUAAUCCUCGUUAUCAUUCCGUCAUUCCCCACGGGAAAAUAUACGUAAAUUGUUUGCAAUAUACAAAAACAUAAAAAUCAUCUGAUAUUGGUGUAAUAAUAAUGUGGAAACGAAUUAAAGAAACUCAUUAUUUUUUAUUGUUUUCUACUGAUCAUGGGUAUGAAAUAUGCAUCACAGACAACAUUAACGUAUGGACCACCUUGUAUUCCCGAAGCGAAUUCCUAGCUAAAAUAAAGAGAAGUAAUGAAGGCCUUGAACUGCCAGAUGAUAAUGAAUAUCUUCAGAAAGGAAUCCAUUUGGUUUCUAAUAUUGAUUACUUGAGGAAGUUUGAUAUAUCAAACAGGGAAAAUGGUAAAACUCUGUUAAUUUCACUGACUAUGUCAUUUGGAUAUCCAUUUUACUUGAAAUGUAAACUCACAAAGGGCUCAGAUAAGCUAUUUUACCAAAAAGUCACCCGGCCAUUGCUGAAGUCAAUUUGUGAUUUGCGUGAGAGCCAGAGUGAGCUACGUCGCUUGCUGAUAAAGAAGGACACAGAAAUAGAAGAGUACAAAUCUGAGUCAGGGGAAGUUGCCAGUAAGGAAUCAGAAUGGUACCUGCAAACUGUGCCAUUCAAUGAUGCUGAGCACAUGUUCAAGCAUAAAGUUUAUGAUGAAAACUUUAGUCUGUCUCCAAAGACCAUUACUGAAAAUGUCAAGUAUUUGGAUAAUACAGUAUUGAGGCAAAUGCAAAAUCAAAGUCAAAAUCAAAACCAAAAUCAGGCACAAAAUCAAAUUGAAGCGGUCAGACAAGAGCCUGUGCCAAAUGUCAGACCUGAGCUAAGUGCAAGACCGGAGCCACAGGUUGCUGUAAAACAGGAACCUGAUCUGAUUGAGCCAGAUACCACAGUACAUAUUGAUCCAGUCCCAUGUAGGAAGAAUGGAAUUAAGUCUGAAGACGGUGAUGAGACAAGUGUAUCUAUCACUGCUUCUGUUAGCUAUCAACCAGAAGUACGGAGGGAGACUCUGCGGCCCCAUGUGCCACGGAAAAGAACAAAAUUCAACCUCUGAUAAGUAACUCACCAAAGAUUUUUGUUCACUAUUUAUUUAAAAAUAAAGCUUUAUUUUACUAUUAUUAUAUAUGCUCACAUAAAUUCUGUUUCUAUAGAAAAUUGCAGUAUUUCAGCAGUGUAUGUAUCAAAUGUGUAGUUAUUUGUUUUUAUGAUGUUGAAGUCAAAAGUAUAGGUAAUAAUUUGUUUCAAGCAUUUAUUAAUUUCAAAUGUUUGGUUUAGUGCUGCAACAAAAAAUACAAAAAAAAUGUAAUAAUUUGAAUUUUUUUUUUUGGAAUAUACAUAUUUUAUGUUUUGAUAAAUUAAUUUGGUAUGCAGUGGAGAAAAGGUUGAAUGGAAUUAUUAAGUCAGUAAUCAGUAUGUAUGUGAGUGGUCUUUUUUGCCGUGCUACCUACUAGGACUGAAGGAAAAAGAACUGGGUUUGUUAAAUUAUGAGAGUAUGGUGAUUUUGAUAUGCUACAGAUGUGCGCUGUUGUUGUUUGUUUUAUUUACAAGUAAUUUAUAUAUAAAUGUACUAACUAGUAAAUCUUAUUACCGUAUUUAAACAUUACAUUAAAUUCCGACAUUUCAGUGUUUUGUAGUGAUCACCGGAUAUUUAAUAAUAUCUUAUAGUUUUUAAUGUUUCAAAAUAAGUGUCGUGUAAUAGAAUUGCUGUACUUUCCACUGUAUUUUAGUCAUUAAACAGUAUUUUAUAUUAUUUUUAUAAAUAUUUUUAUGCAAUUAAUAUAUAAAUUAGAUUUAUUUUGACUGAAAACUGUUUUGUAUUCAGAACAUUUGAUGUGAUGUAAUAUGUUAUUUUAAGUUUCUUUUAUUUUUACGAUAGUAAUGAGUUUUUUUUUCUUAUUUUCAUAAUAAAUAUUAUUUUGUCCUUUUCAAAGAAAUGGAUAAUUGGUUUAUGAAAUUUGUUAAUCUGUCAUAAUGUUUUUAUUUAGUUUUACGACCUUAUUUAUCGUGAUAUACUGUUUUCUAUAGUAUUUAGCAUUUUAAAUAUAAAAAUGAAUGUCAUAUCCUUACUUUUUAGAAUUAUAAUAAUGUCAAACGUAAUAUUAGGCCUCUGCCUAUAAAAUAUCUGUUAGUUCAGUAAGUUAAUAGAACAACUGUAUACUGUAUAUAUAGGACCAUCAUUAUACUGAAAUAAAAAUGAAAUAAACGAUUGAUUUUAUAUUAAAACUUUUAUUAUACAUUGAACUGUUAAAAUCUAUUAUUAGAUUAGUUGUGCUAGUGUGAAAAUGUUACAGCUAGUGCGUUUAUUGGAGAAGCAACUAACAAUGUAGGUAUUAAUCAACAAAACAAAGGUAAGCUUAAUAAUACAACUUUUAAUCGAUAUAGUUUUAAUACAGAUGUAUGGAUACCUCUACCAUGAAGUUCUUAUCAGCUAGUGAGUUCAUAUUUCUGUUCGAAUUUCGAAUUAUAUAUUAAAUUUUCU